AUGCUUCUUCUUAAAAAAGUUGGAAAAAUCAUCUUAAUUCUAUUAGUAGUUAUUGGAAGUUUGAUAGUGAUACUAGAGCUUUUAGGUUAUAGUAUAUUCGAAUUCCUAAAGCCUAAAAUGUCACUGAGUAGCACAAAUGUCGGAAAAUUUGAUACUGAAAUUGCGUACCAACUCUAUUUAGACAAUUGCAAACUUAAAAAAAUUAACAGUUUAUCAUUGUACGAAUUUGAUUUAAUGGUUAAAGCUUUAAGAAUAAUUGUUGAUAUCAAUAUCAAAUCAUUAUCAAUAGCUAAAACGCUUAAAACAAAAUUUUUUUUGCUAGAGGCGGAUUAUUUAAAAAAAAAAGAAAAGUUAGAUUUGACGCUUGAUAAUUUUCAAAAAACUAACGAUAUGUUAAAAACAAACUUGUUUAAUACAGAACUGUCAAAAUCUACUUUUCUUAGUUCGUUCGGUAUUUUAUUUGAAUUUAGGAUCAAUGAUAAAGAUGAAUUAUUUGUACCUCAAAACUACAUUAUUCAUAACAAAAAGGCCUAUCAAGAAUUAAAAGAAUUGUGUGCUAAAAAAGCUGAUAAAGAUUUACAAAAGGCGCUUUUUCAUGAAAGGGCAGGAGAAGUAGUAUACAAUUUCAAUUACAUUCAGAUUAUGUUUACAAAUUGGAUCGAAUAUUUAUUUGACGAAUUUAAGGGAAAUGGCGAUUUCCAGAGUUUUCUUUUCUAA